AUGAAUCCCAGUCAACUCUCUGCUCGAUCUCCCUCGCCGGGUCGGCCGUUGAACGGCUACCAGCUGUCCGACAACCCUUACGCACCGCAAGGCCACCUGCCCAUGCCUUCCAGCGAUCGAUUGGCGGAACAACCUACCUAUUCUGUGGAGCGACUCCCUAACUCUUACGGCCAUAACGAACAAUUUGACGACCGUCAUCCCGCGGGGAGCUAUCCUGGUUACGAAUAUUCCGUAAACCCCGAAGCUCACCACGAUGCUUAUUAUACCCAACCCUACCAUCCCGCCGUUACGCCCGAAGACGAUUACGACCUGGGCCAAUACCCCGAGCACCAGAAUGCUUACCAUGAUGACCGGGUUCCGAUGAUCCAGCCUGAGAACCCAUUUGGACCCGAUCCGUACAGCGACGAAUAUCACGACGAGCCGCCGAUUGAGGCCACCCCGAGUCCUGCUCCGAUUCGCCGGUGGAAGACUGUGAAGGAAGUGCAGCUGUUCAACGGAAACUUGGUUCUCGAUUGUCCCAUCGCGCCGAAGCUGCUCAAUCAGGUUCCCCACGCCGAACCCCCGGGCCGUGACGAGUUUACGCAUAUGCGUUACUCCGCAGCCACUUGUGACCCGGCGGACUUUUUCGAAGAGCGCUUCACGCUGCGACAGAAGCUCUUCGCCAAACCCCGACACACCGAGCUCUUCAUCGUGAUCACGAUGUACAACGAAGAUGACUUCCUCUUUGCGCGCACCUUGAUUGGCGUGUUCAAGAACAUCGAGCACAUGUGUUCGAGGAACAAUAGCAAGACUUGGGGCAAGGACGCAUGGAAAAAGAUCGUGGUCUGCGUGAUUAGCGAUGGUCGUGCCAAAAUCAACCCGCGCACACGUGCGGUGCUGGCUGGUUUGGGUGUCUAUCAGGAUGGAAUCGCCAAGCAGCAGGUGAACGGCAAGGAUGUCACGGCGCAUAUCUACGAGUACACCACUCAGGUUGGUCUCGAGCUGAAGGGUACCCAAGUCCACAUGAAGCAACGCUCCGGAGUUCCUGUGCAGAUGCUUUUCUGUCUGAAGGAAAAGAACCAGAAGAAGAUCAACUCGCAUCGUUGGUUCUUCCAGGCUUUCGGACGGGUGCUUGAUCCUAACAUUUGUGUGCUUCUGGAUGCCGGAACGAAGCCCGGAAAGGACUCGAUCUACCAUCUGUGGAAGGCCUUUGACGUUGAGCCGAUGUGCGGGGGAGCUUGCGGUGAAAUCAAGGUCAUGUUGUCGCACGGAAAGAAGUUGCUCAAUCCGCUGGUGGCUGGACAGAACUUUGAGUACAAGCUCAGUAACAUCCUCGAUAAGCCGUUGGAGUCGUCGUUCGGGUUCAUUACUGUGCUUCCCGGUGCUUUCUCCGCCUACCGAUUUGUCGCAUUGCAGAACGAUAAGAACGGCCAGGGACCUCUAGAGCGAUACUUCAUGGGUGAGAAGAUGCAUGGCGCCAAUGCCGGUAUCUUCACGGCCAAUAUGUAUCUUGCUGAGGAUCGAAUUCUGUGUUUCGAAAUUGUGACCAAGCGAAACUGCCGCUGGCUGCUUCAAUACGUGAAGUCUUCCACGGGUGAAACCGAUGUGCCUGACCGCAUGGCCGAAUUCAUUCUGCAGCGUCGACGGUGGUUGAACGGUAGUUUCUUCGCGGCGGUUUAUGCGAUUGCGCAUUUCUACCAGAUCUGGAGAAGCGACCACAGCCAUCUGCGCAAAUUUAUGCUCCUCAUCGAAUUCAUCUACCAGACUAUCAACAUGCUGUUUGCUUGGUUUGGAAUUGGCAACUUUUUCUUGGUUUUCCACAUCCUUACAACGUAUCUCGGCUCCGAGGAUCUUCUCAACACAGUUGGAAAGGUGCUUGGUGUUGUGUUCGAAUGGCUCUACCUCGCAACUCUGGUCACGUGUUUCGUGCUCGCCUUGGGUAAUCGACCCGGCGGGUCCAACAAGUUUUACAUGACGAUGGUCUACUUUUGGAUCGGCAUCAUGAUCUACCUGGCGUUUGCAGCAGUGUUUGUCACGGUGAAAUCUAUCCAGAAGGAGGUUGAAAAGGGCGACUUUACUUUCUCGACACUAUUCACCAACACGACGUUCUUCUCCAUCAUAGUUUCAUUAGGGUCUACCUAUGUCAUGUGGUUUGUUGCGUCGUUCAUCUUCUUCGAUCCUUGGCAUAUGUUCACUUCGUUCAUUCAAUACAUCCUGCUCACUCCGACCUACAUCAACGUGCUGAACAUCUACGCUUUCUGUAACACGCACGACAUCACCUGGGGUACGAAAGGAGACGACAAAGCAGAGAAGCUGCCCUCGGCCAACCUCAAGCCCGGCGGCAAGGUGGACGUCAACAUUCCGCAGGACGACGGCGAUCUGAACGCGCAAUACGACGCUGAACUGGCCAAAUUCGCACAGAAACCACCCAAGGAAGUAGAAGUGGUUUCGGAAGAGGACAAGCAGGCAGACUAUUACAAGGGAUUCCGAAGUGCCGUCGUUUUGGCUUGGGUGUUCUGCAACUUUGCCCUGGCAGCCGUUGUGCUGAGCGCGGCGGGACUGGAGAACCUUGACACCAGCAAGGACAGCGACUCGAACGACAAUGAGCGUGCCGAGAUUUACAUGGCCGUCGUGCUGUGGAGUGUGGCCGGUCUGUCAAUCUUCAAGUUUCUGGGUGCGAUGUGGUACUUGGUCGUUCGAAUGUUCCGGGGUGUUUAA